GAUAAAUGAGUUUGACUCCAGUUUUAAAACGAGUAAUAUAAUCAUAAAGACAUUUCCAUGAGUGAGAGUUUGACCGAGAGCCAAACUGCACCACCUGUUAAUGACAGUCAGAGGCUGCAGCAACCAAAGCAAAGGCACUGCGUGAUCUAGUUUAAGGGAGAUAACAGAGUAGUUUACGCCCUAUUAACGUAGAAAUGACAGACAUAAAACCCCUCUCUGAGCUGAGAUGUGAAGACCCUGAGCACAGAACCAGCGGCACAGACACAGAAGAGGAGGAAAAGUGCUCGUGUGUGAUGGAGGAUUCAAAGAGGACUCUAGAGACCCCGUCUCUCCAGGAGCUGGAGGAGGUUUUACACUCAGCUCCAAGCUCCUGUCGCCACGGAGAUGAGGUGUGGCCGAACCUGUACCUGGGGGACAUGUUUAUGUCUCAUGACAAGCUCGGGCUCUGGCAGCUGGGCAUCACUCAUGUGCUGAACGCAGCUCAUGGAAAACUGUGCUGUAAAGGCAGUGAUGAUUUUUAUGGAACCACGGUGAAAUACUACGGUGUCCCAGCCAACGACCUUCCAACCUUUGACCUUUCGCCUUUUUUCUACCCUGCUGCUGAGUUCAUCCAGCAGGCUUUGACCUCAGGAGGAAAGGUGUUUGUGCACUGCGCUGUGGGUGUAAGUCGAUCCGCUGCGCUGGUCCUAGCCUACCUGAUGAUUCAUCACCACUUCAGUCUUCUGACUUCUGUACGCUGUGUGCAGCAGAAACGAUGGAUUUUCCCAAACAGAGGCUUCUUGCGGCAGCUCAUAGCUCUGGACCGAAAACUGCAGGACGAACGAAUAAAUGAGCUAAAGUAAAACAAUGGAGCAACCC